GGCGGGGCUUGUCAGAAAACAGGUAGAGAGUGUAACAAUGGCGUCGCACUUCAGCGGAGUGCUGCAACUCACAGAUCUGGAUGAUUUUAUUACUCCGUCUCAGGAAUGUGUGAAACCAGUGAAGGUGGAGAAGAAACAGGGAAGAUCUGUGGCCAAAAUCCAAAUUGAAGAUGAUGGCAGUUAUUUUCAGGUCCAGCAGGAUGGGCAAAGGCAAAAGUUGGAGAAAGCAAAGAUUACUCUGAACGACUGCCUCGCAUGCAGUGGCUGCAUUACAUCAGCAGAAAGUGUCCUUAUAACCCAACAGAGCCAUGAGGAACUAUAUCGUGUGCUACGUCAUAACAAGCAGCAGGUUAUCAGUAGUGAGCAGAAAGUGGUGGUGGUGUCUGUAUCGCCGCAGUCACGAGCUUCACUCGCCGCACAUUACGGUCUUGGCAGCAGCGAUGUGGCCCGUAGACUCACCAGCUUCCUGAAGAACUUGGGGGUCCAUCAUGUGUUCGACACUGGCUUCAGUCGGACUUUCAGUCUGUUAGAGAGCCAGAGAGAGUUUCUAGAGCGAUUCAAUCGGAAGGAUGAGGACAAGAAGGCCUUACCGAUGCUGGCCUCUGCCUGUCCAGGGUGGAUUUGUUAUGCUGAGAAGACUCAUGGUGAAUUUAUCAUCCCUUACAUCAGUACGACCCGCUCACCUCAGCAGAUGAUGGGAUCUGUAGUCAAGGGUUACUUCGCCACUCAGACGGGGGUUUCUCCACAAAUGAUUUACCAUGUGACUGUGAUGCCCUGCUAUGAUAAGAAACUGGAGGCUUCGAGACCAGACUUUUACCUCAGCGAGUUUGAGACCAGAGAGGUAGACUGUGUCAUCACUUCAGGUGAAGUUCUGAAGAUGUUGGAAGAGGAGAACGUGUCUUUGAGGGAUGUGGAACCGGCACCUCUAGACACAAUGUUCAGUAAAACAUGUGGAGAGGAGUUGCUGAGUCAUGAAGGAAGUGGAUCGGGAGGGUAUCUUCAUCACAUCUACAAACAUGCCGCCAAACAACUCUUCGGGGUUGAAAUAGAGGAACUCGCAUACAAGACAAUAAAAAAUAAGGACUUCCAGGAAGUGACUCUAGAGAAGGACGGUACGGUUCUGUUGCGGUUUGCUGCUGUCUAUGGCUUCCGGAACAUUCAGAAUCUGGUGCAGAAGCUGAAAAGAGGGAAAUCCCCAUAUCACUUUGUAGAAGUGAUGGCAUGUCCAUCAGGAUGCCUUAAUGGUGGAGGGCAGCUCAAGCCGUCUUCAGAUCAGUCCAGUAAGGAGUUGCUUCAGCAGGUAGAAGAGUUAUACCGCGCUGAACGCACCUCGACACCUGAGGAGGACACACAAGUGGCUGAACUUUACCACAGCUGGUUCGAGAGUUUUGGAGAGGAGAAAGCAAGACAGUUGCUUCACACACAGUACCACGCAGUACAAAAAAACACCAAUGGGCUCAGUAUAAAGUGGUGAAAAGCCGAGAUGUGCCGAGACACUGAUUAUGUUUUGUGCUGUUUGUUUAGACUCAAAAAUGAUUUUGCUCACCAUUUUGUUGUUCAAACCCCAUUUAACUUCCUUCUAUGGAAUGGAAAGGAAAUGUUAGGCAGAAGGUUAGCCUCAGUCACCAUUCACUUUCAUACAAUGGAAAGCAAUGCUGAAAAUGUCCGGUUGAGAAACACUUUUCUUUCUUUUGUGAAUUCUUCAGCCAUACUUGAAAAGACAAACCAUUACCCUGAAUUUUUUUCAUGUAUAAUUUCUUCCCCUUGUCUUCAUUGAUCUUACAGGAAUCUAUUGUAGAAUAGAAUAGAAGCCUUUAUUUUGGUCACACAUUACACAUCCAUUUUUGGAUAUAUACAGUGAAAUGUGUUUGUGAGUGCAGGGUCAGCCAUGAUACUGCGCCCCUGGAGCCGAUAGGGUCGAGGGCCGUGCUCAAGGGUCCAACAGGGGCAUCUUGGCGGUACUGGGGCUUGAACCCCCCAAUCUUCUGGUCAGUAACCCAGAGCCUCAACCGCUGAGCCACCACUGCAGUAUUUAUGAUAAUAUUAUAAUUACGUGUUGCCAUGUUUGUAAUCAUUCCAUGUAUAUAAUAUUUAAUGAGAAAUUAA